AAUCUACCACUCGCUCGAGGCAGCACGGAGCAAAGAGGUUGUUAGCCCGUACCAAUCUUCUCCCAGUAGGAUUCCAUACAUAUACAUAAUUCAAAAUGUGUGACGAUGAAGUUGCAGCUUUGGUCGUUGACAACGGUUCCGGCAUGUGUAAGGCUGGCUUCGCCGGCGACGACGCCCCACGUGCCGUCUUCCCCUCCAUCGUUGGCAGACCCAGGCAUCAGGGCGUGAUGGUCGGCAUGGGUCAGAAAGACAGCUACGUCGGCGAUGAGGCUCAGUCGAAGAGAGGUAUCCUCACCCUCAAGUACCCCAUCGAGCACGGUAUCGUCACCAACUGGGACGACAUGGAGAAGAUCUGGCAUCACACCUUCUACAACGAGCUCCGUGUUGCACCCGAGGAGCACCCCGUCCUCCUGACAGAGGCUCCCCUCAACCCCAAGGCCAACCGUGAAAAGAUGACCCAGAUCAUGUUCGAGACCUUCAACGCCCCUGCAAUGUAUGUAGCCAUCCAGGCUGUUCUGUCUCUGUACGCCUCUGGUCGUACCACCGGUAUCGUGCUCGACUCUGGUGAUGGUGUCACCCACACCGUGCCCAUCUACGAAGGUUACGCCCUCCCCCACGCCAUCCUUCGUUUGGAUCUGGCUGGCCGUGACCUCACAGACUACCUCAUGAAGAUCCUCACAGAGCGUGGUUACUCCUUCACCACCACUGCUGAGAGAGAAAUCGUCAGAGACAUCAAAGAGAAACUCUGCUACGUCGCCCUCGACUUCGAGCAGGAGAUGUCCACAGCUGCUUCGUCUUCCUCCCUGGAGAAGAGCUACGAAUUGCCCGACGGUCAGGUCAUCACCAUUGGCAACGAGAGGUUCCGUUGUCCCGAAUCCCUCUUCCAGCCAUCCUUCUUGGGUAUGGAAUCUGCUGGUAUCCAUGAGACCACAUACAACUCUAUCAUGAAAUGUGAUGUUGAUAUCCGUAAAGACUUGUACGCCAACACUGUUCUCUCAGGAGGUACCACCAUGUUCCCUGGUAUCGCCGACAGGAUGCAGAAGGAGAUCACAGCCCUCGCUCCCAGCACAAUGAAGAUCAAGAUCAUCGCUCCCCCAGAGAGGAAAUACUCCGUCUGGAUCGGUGGCUCCAUCCUUGCCUCUCUGUCCACCUUCCAGCAGAUGUGGAUCAGCAAGCAGGAGUACGAUGAAUCUGGACCUUCCAUUGUGCACCGCAAAUGCUUCUAAACUAUUAACAAUAUUCCUGGGACCUAUUUUGAAAAUAACAAUGUCAUGGAAACGGUUGUCUGUCUGCACGUGCUUGGCUGCCUUGACAACGUACGUCACACCAAUUACCGGUUCAAUCCGGAAAAAAAAAACUGGUUACGACAGCAUGAACCGGGCCCGAACCGGUUAAAAUGUUAAAAAUGUCAUGACAAUAUUUUUUUAACCAAAAUGAAAACAAUUGUUAUCUUGAGGGGAGGUUCUUUUACGCUGUCUUUCACAGGAAACUGACGUAAGAGGUUUAUAUUUUGCAACUCAGGUUGACGAAGAACUGGCUGCCAAAUACAACGUUAACUGUAAAUGUUACCGCCAGCCGGGAGUUGGUCAGCUGGUUAUAGAGUAUAUCGCUUACGACAAAAUGAUGUAUAUGAUGUCACGAUGUGGUUUGUAAACAAAUCAUGUAAUUCUGUCCUUGAGCACUUCACGGUUGUAAAAUAUGUAGGACCUUCAUCCGGCGCGAAUAAAAUACGUUGAACUAUU